AACCCCGGACAGUGUCAAGUUGUAAACAUGCGCAAUCACCGAAUAUAUUCAAUUCCCGUUUUGCAAUUGUCCUACAACAGACUUAUCCACAUUUUCCUACAAGAAGUGUUAAUCUAAAAAAUGAAAAAAUAUAAAAUUAAACCUUUUUAAGUGCAUACAAAAUCUGUUAAUAUAUUAAGUAAACUAAUUGUGCUCGUUUAAAAAACAAAUUUUCAUAAAUAUUGAUAUAUUCAAUGAUUUACCCGAAUUGGUUAGUGCGAAAAUAUAUAUCAAGCUACAAAAUUGAGGGAAAAAUCAAUUGAGUAAUUUGCAAAUACUUCAUUAACUUUAACCUUGUGAAAAAUUGAAGUUAAGUAGUUAAGUUUCGAAACAGAUUUGGCGUUUUAGUUGGAAAUUAAAUUAUGUAAAUCGUUGUCUAAUAAUUAAAUAACGUUAAAAUAAAAGUUUUCCAGUUUUUUUCCAAUAUGUUGCGAAACAACUCGAAAUCCAAGCGGGUCGUUAAAGCUUCGAAGUAAAAGUUUAUUUACACGAAAAUGAAAAAAUUCACAUUCAAGGGAGUCCUCGAUGGUUUUCGACAAAGCGUGCAACCACAGGUCUACAGACAAGAACAGGAAAUACCGGAACAUUUAAAAGCGGAACAUUUUUCGCUUAAAAGGACAUUUCGACACGGAUUUCCUUACUCUCCAACUGCAUUUGCUUUUGAUCCUGUACAAAGACUCCUAGCGAUCGGAGAUAAAUCUGGAUUCAUAAGAAUACUCGGACGACCAGGUGUAGACGCACAUGCAAGACACGAAGGUGAAUCGGAGUGCGCAGUUAUACUUCUAGAAUUUCUGAUUAAUGAGGGUGCAUUUGUAACGGUUACAGCGGAUGACACAAUACACUUGUGGAGUAUUCGACAGAAAACACCGCAAGUAGUUCAGAGUCUCAAAUUUCAGAGAGAGAGGGUAACAUGUAUUCAUCUACCUGUUGGAAGCAAAUGGCUAUAUGUUGGAACGGAGAGGGGCAACAUUCAUGUAGUGCAUGUAGAAACAUUUAGCCUAAGUGGCUAUAUAAUAAACUGGAACAAGGCUAUUGAAGUGGUUCGAACUAGUCAUCCUGGUGCUGUGAUUGCGUUAUGUGAUAAUCCCAUAGAUGCAAACAAGCUACUUAUUGCUUUUGAAUGUGGUCUUCUUGUGCUGUGGGACUUAAAAAGUAAAUGUGCAGAAUUUCGUUGGCAAGCUGCCGAACCUGCCAAAUCGGUAGCUUGGCACCAUGAAGGCAAAUAUUUUGUUUCCUCUCAUACGGAUGGCUCCAUAUGUACUUGGCCAACCAGACCUAUAGUUAAGCCUCAAUCGGUUAUUUGCCCUCACGCUAAAGUUUCUAAGGAAGGCGUAGUAGAAAAAUGUAAACCUAUUUAUAAAGUCGAUUUAAAAACUUCUCAAAUGGGUGAUACUUUUACAAUAUUUUCUGGUGGGAUGCCCACUGAGAAAUGUUCUAAGUCAAAUUGUAUAACUGUUAUGGUGGGGAAAUCAACAACUGUUUUAGAAAUGGAGCACGCUGUCGUUGAUUUUAUUAUACUUUGUGAAAAUCCUUGGUUAUGCGAAACCCAAGAGCCGUACGCGAUAGCAGUACUCCUGCAAUAUGAUUUAGUUUUAAUAGACUUACUCACGCCCGGUUUUCCAUGUUUCGAAUCGCCUUAUCCCAUGGACUUACAUGAAUCACCUGUUACAUGUUGCACCUACUUAACUGAUUGUCCUUCGGAUUUGGUUCCUGCUUUUUAUUCAGUUGGUCGCACAACGACUAGUAAGAAAACUGGCUUUUCUGAAAGAGAAUGGCCCAUUAGUGGCGGGGAGUGGUUUCCCGCAUCGUGCAGUUACUCGGAAAUCGUAAUUACAGGUCACCAAGAUGGCACAUUGAAAUUUUGGGAUUCUGGUGCUGGAACACUACAAAUUCUGUAUAAAUUGAAAACUGCUAAGAUUUUUGAUAAACCAAAAACUUCGCACUCCGACAGUGGUAAUGAUAAUCCACUUGCUAUACAACAUAUAUAUCUUUGUUCUGAGUCGCGUCGAUUAUGUGUUGCUGGUGCUGUGGGACAAGUUAUGUUGUUUAAAUUUCGCAAAGUUGAAUCAACUUCGGAGGUUCUAACAUUGGAGAUUCCUAUAUUGUAUGAAAAUUUCGAUGAUAUUUACGGUACGAGUCCAGAAUGUGAUUUCAUACCACAUCAAGUUCAAAAAACUGAAUCGAGCGAUUCUGACAAGACCGACUGUGUAUUGAAAGUGAAAGUGGGAUCACAACGAAAACCCCCUGGGUUUCAGUCGCAAUUAGUUUGUUUGACUACUGGUCCAAAUAGAAGAAAUGUUCAAAUCACAUCCCUAUGCAUAAAUUCCAGUUAUGGGCUUAUGGCAUAUGGAACUGAAUAUGGACUUGUUGUUAUUGACAUUGUACAAAAAAUUUGUUUGUUAAGUGUGGCGUGCCCCGACCUCUAUGGCGCCAAUGAUCCCUACUCCCGGAAUCCAAAAAGUCCGAAAAGAAUUGAGAAUAAAGAAGAGCAGAGUCGAUCGCCCAGUUCAGACCAGCUGAACGACACCACUAGUCCUGACAGCCCAUCCAUUGAAUUUAUACCCGAAACAAAUGAGCCUUUUUCAUCUAACCAAAAUCAGUCAAAUUCAUCGCGACCAACAUCCCCGGAUAAUGAAGUUACAUCAACGAAUAUUGUGUCUAAAAGUCCCCUUCGCGAAGAAACAUCCACACCACCUAAAGAACUACAGGAUAGAAGAAAGUCAAUGUCAUGGAAAACGUUCAAUCUUAAACGUCAAUUAUCUAAAGUCAAUAUGAAAAUCGGUAUCAAUGUGAACACCGAAAUCGAUUCUUUUAAAAAUAAUUCAGUCUUUUACACACAAAAGGAAGCAGCAUCGCCUGUUGAAAGUGGUAGUGGUGAAAGUGUGUCACCAAAAGAUCGAGUCACCAGCGCUCGAAGCGAGAGUAAAGAGAAUACCUGUGAUUUCAGCAACGAGCCAGAUGCUGAGCAACGUGAUUGUGAUGGUCAACCAUUGAGUAAUUUUACUAAAAGAAAUAGUAAUAAUGCAAAUCAAACCACAAAUGAAGAUUCGACAGAUGAUGGCGAUAUUUUUGACAUUUCUAAUGAAUGUCAAUUUGGUGCGAGGAAAGUUGAAUUUGAGAAAGAUGUAACCGAGGGUUUCCAAACUUCAAGACCUAGCGAUUUACCUCUCUCCGGGUCAAGCGAAGCUAAUCAGGGAUCAGAUAUUUUGAGUGCUAAAACAGCUCGUCAAAAAUUUAAAGAGAAGCAAAGGGAUCAACGACUACUCUCUGUUCCAAAUAUAAAAUAUCAAACCAGAGAUAUUCGAGCAAGGACAAAUAAAAUUGAUUCUUCACCGUCUCUAAGUGGAAAUGUUUCAAAGAAAAUAUAUAAAUUGGACGGGUCAUUUUCGAGAUCCAGAUCAUCAUCUAUGUCAAGCAUUGAUAUGUCUUCCUCUGAAUCUGUUACGAGUUUAGCUUUUAUUGAAAGUUACGGAAAAAAAAGUGAGGCUUUAACACUUGUUCCUACACUUUGGAUCGGCACUAGUUUCGGAUCCAUUUUAACUCUUCAAAUAUCUCUACCCGAGAGAGAAGUGCGAAAAACACAGCCUGUGUUAGUGACAAUUAACGGAGGGCCACUUGUGCGGCUAAAGGGUUCAAUUACAUCCAUGUCAUUUUUAGACUCUUUUGGUUCUUUAAUUCCUUAUUCGUUUGAAGCUUGGAGAGAUGAUGGAAGAAAAGACCGAACCCCAACAAAAAGUAGUAGUAAAACGAGCCCAACUUUCACACCAACAACUGCCAACACAAUAUCAAGUACUCCGGGUGGAAAUGUUUACAGUAGCUGCAGCACUGCUAGCACAAGCGGCAUAAGUGGAAGCCUCAGCACUGGAUUAGACUCUUUAACAGACAGACAAUAUAUAGUAAUCACAAGUGAAAAGCAAACAAAAGUCUUCGAUAUUGCAAAUCAAAGUUGUAUUUAUCGCAAUAAUUUAUCAGAGAUGGAUUUUGCAGUUAAAGCGGAAACUAUUUCAAUGAAAGAUGGAUCAUGUUUAGCGACGUAUCUAUCAAAUGGACAUUUAAUGAUACAUAGUCUUCCUAGUCUAAGAUUAUUAAUGGAUACAGAAUUUUUACCAUUGAUGGAAUUAAGUUUUCAGACAAAGUGCAAACAAGGAAUUGUGGAUCCAAUGUUGUCUAUAUGGGGUCAACAAAUCAUUGUACAUGAAGACACAACUCAAAUUUCAAAGAUAUUUUGCUUCAGUCACAAAGGGCAUGGAUUGUAUAUGGCAACACCCACCGAAAUUCAGAAAUUCACAGUUUCAUCGGAAUUCUGUCAAUUUAUUUUGGAGAUGAUGGGUGAAUUAUAUACGUCACACGAAAUGCCUGAACAACCGAAGGAGAGCUUUUUCAAAGGACUAUUUGGAGGAGGAGCAAAAAGUUUGGAUAGAGAAGAACUUUUUGGCGAACAAAGUGGGAAAGCAAAUAGAUCAGUUGCCAAACAUAUACCUGGUCCCAAUUUGGAUCAGUUAGGACAGCGAGCUUCUACCGCAGCCUCUGAGAUAAGCAGAGCGCAUCAGUUGGCAAUGGAGAGAGGUGAGAAGCUUAAUUUACUGGAGGAACGGGCGGAACGCAUGGCCAACCAAGCUCAAGACUUCAGUGGAACAGCACAUCAAUUAAUGCUUAAAUAUAAAGAUAAAAAAUGGUAUCAGUUGUAA